AUGUCGUCCUUAAUUUCGGACUCUUCUACGCGCAAUCGAAGUGAUUCCACUGAGGGUUCGGAGCUGCCUGAGCAUGAGCACAAGCGCCCGAGGCUGAGCGAUUCCAAACCUGAUGAAUCGCAUGUCAUGUCCGAUCUACACCAAGAAAACUCACACCCCGCACCUCCCGUGCCAGAGAUCCAGGUCCGUGAAAGUGACAAUGCUGCGGAAGGAAACCCCAGCACGCCACCCUUGCCCCCGAGAACAGUUGCAUCGCCGACAGCCAUGUCGCCAACCAGCAAGGUCACGAUUAACACUCGGCCCUUGUCGUCCCAAUCUGUGACAGAUCCGACCGUCGCAGCUGCUGGGGCUGGUCUGCCUUCCCACUCCCCGCCCUCCGAAGGCCCAACGGUCUGUGGUGACGGCUCGAAAGAGCCGAAGGCCGUGCCUGACGCUCAACGCAACCCUGCAGACAUCCCAGAGCACAUCUCGUUAUCUUCGUCACCCAGCAAGAGCCCCGAAAUCGAAGUGGCAGAGCCAGAAGACUUUGACCAAGAUCCCACUCAGACGAGAUGGACCCAGCGGAUUGGCGGCGGAGCUACCUCUACGUCCGACCCGAAGUUUGUGCCAUCGGGCCACGUACACCGCACCUUUCCGUUUUCUCAAGAGUCCCCUUCAGGCAGCACACAUAAAGUGAUUCCCCGCAUGUCAGAGCGGCUUCAACAUACCGGAGCACAGGAUGGUGCGAUCUUCCGCCAAGUCAAAGAUUGGAUGAUUGAAUUUGUGGCCAUGUGCGACGACUUCCCCCUCAGAUUGCUCCAAGAGGAAAGAGACUUCUGGUUUCGGCUUCCAGAUCUUGUCGAAGCGCUGCUGAGACGGGAGGCGGGGCCUCCUCCUGGUGCUCGGACAGAAGAGCUUGUCGACUUCUUCGUGGCAUUUGCCGAAAUCGCUAAGCUUCUGGCCGAUUUCGAUGCCCGGAACCUGCAUGAAGUGCUUGAUGAGAGCGACCCACGUGAUCUGAAGUCCUUCAGCUUUGUGUCUUCCCAGUACCUGCAAGCCUUGGUCUGGAUACUCUCACCUCGAGUCCCGUUCUACGAGUAUUUAAUCCGAGCCCACAGCUUUGACCGGGUAAACUUCCAUGUGCUGGUCAUUGGUAGGCUCGGAGAAGUGUCCUUGCUACGGUCGCUGUCGGCCUUGCUGACUGAAGUCUGUGCCGCUCUGCCCAAGAAAGUAGAACUCUUUCGACCCUUCCACAUUUUGAUCCAGGUGACGAAGGCCAUGAUGGGUCCUAUGUCGAGCAUGUACACCAGUGACAUCGAUGUUGUCCCUACGUCAUUUUCGCAGCUGGAGAACAUUCGCAAUGGCGCGGCGGAGAUUAUUCUCCAAGCUGACAAGGCCAUUCAGCAUGCCAUCGGCAAGCAACUCGCAUGGCUCAACCUCGAAACGGCCAAGGGGAUCAUAGACACCCUGAAUCCUAUGAUAUCCGCCAUUGGAGAGGAAGUUCCUCAGAUUGGACAAGACAUUAUCUCGACGUCGGGCGUUGGCUUCGCCGAUUCCGAUCUCACGGAUCUCCCACUUACAAUGCAAUACGCCUGGAAGUUCAAGAUCCUUCGGAAGUUCAUUACCAAUGGACGCAUGGAGCUUCGUGUCUACGGCGUUGAGACAAUGUCAAGCGAUCUUGUUGCGGUCCAUCGGGUUUACAUUGAUAACCAGCCAUACCCACCAAUGAACCAUCCAGUGGUGCGAUACUUGGUCAAGUUCAUCAAAGAGAAUCAACUCGUUGAGUACGUCGUUGGCGUGGACUCCCACCCGCAACUGAUCCACCGAGCAUAUAACGUGGUGGGAUUUUUGUGCGUCUCGAAGACUUACACCGACGCCGACACCGACGUGAUCUGGAAAACAAUCGUUGACAGUCAAGACCCUCGGACUGUCCACGAGGUCUUCAAUCUCCUUCGGAACUGCUUCAACGUUUAUGAGCUCCCUGACCUCUACUACAUUUGCCGCAAACUCUCCGAAUAUCCCUUUGAGCGCCUCGACAUUUCUGUCCUGCAAUUCGCUGCGAGCCUCUUCGACAACAUCAGAAGCAAGGCCUCGGCUUUGAUGCUUCAUCCUGGCUUUCUCAUUGACCCAAUAACCUGGACUCUGUGCAUUAAGCUGAUGCGAGAAGCUUCAUUGGAACAGCACGCGUGUCUUGAACAGGCUCUUCGCAUACGACGGGACUUCCCGCAGUAUUUGUCCAAUCUGCUCUCCCUUGGACGUCCAGACCUCCACCUUGCCGUGAGCAGCGAUGUUGGUUGGGACCAGAUCAUUGCUGAAGUUGCGACAAACCUCAAAGCCCAUAGCAAAUAUGCCACUGGCGACUUCCAGGUCCUACACUGCCUAUUGGUGUUAUUGGGACGACUCGGAGCCGCAGAAGCGAUGCAGAAGUUCGACCUGCUUGGUCUCCUAGUGGCGGACUUUGCGUAUCUUCGAGAACACUUCAACGCCAUGCUCGAACGCCAUGUCUCGCCGUUAUCGAUAGAGGCUAUGUACGAGGUCCGAUCAACGUGUCUUACUUACUUUCUUCUCCACAUGCCUGAAUCCUUCACCCCGGGUCUGGUGCAAGAGCUCUGGACGUCAUUCUAUGCAUUUUCGGAACUGCCUUCCUCUGUUCGAGCCGCUGCUUGGGACAAACUGAGCCACGUCGCGAAGCCAAAGCAGAACAAGGAUGCAAAUAUCGUUGUGGACCUUAUUCUUGAAAACCACCUGCCGACUCUUGCUUCACACGACUACAAUCAAUCCGUGUUGGAAUUCAUCCGGACUUCUGUCCAAUACACGAUUCGGAGGACUCCACAAGAGUCAUUGGAUUCGGAGGAUGUCAUCAUGGUGCCUGGGAUUGAAAGAAUGUGGAAAGUCAUGUUGGAAGCGCCCCCCAACAGCGUGGAAAACGAAGCCACUGAUUUCAUCAUCCGCAUGUACCUGGAUAACCCUAUCGUUACCAAGCGACCGAAAGCGGUCAUUGACGCCACCCACUCGUCUCUUGUGGAUCGCUCAGUGCAGCAAGUCAUGUCAUCUGCUUCAAAGUUGAAAUCCUACACUGAUGGCACUAUGAGUGGCGAGGACGAGCCGAUGGUCAUCAUUGCGUCCGAAGGCGAGAUAUGUGCCGAAGAAUUGCGAUUUGACCGUUCACUUCUGUUCCUCCGAAAGUUCCUUGAGGGCAUGAAGCUGCGGCCACGCUACAGUCCAAUCCCGGAUCAACAGGCACAGGUUCUACCAGUGUUUCCUGCCAGAAGAGGCGAAACUAUCGACUUGAACAUUCAGGUCAUGGCUAGCAAGUACGUCACAGAAAAAAUGCAGAAAGUCGCAAUAGGCUCUGAGAAUACGUCUGACGAACUGCACAAGUAUCUGUGCGAGGCGAGUGGCUUUACUCAGUUCUCCAUCUUCCACAUGGGACAGAAGGUAUCGCUUGCAGGCCAAACCACCAGCAUUGCAGACUCAAAAGUAGCCUCCGGCAGCCUGAUCGUCCACAAGACCCUGAACACUCCAGAUAGCCCGCCAACUCGUUCCACCCGCGCUACUUCUCCAGUUGACAACAAGAUCAUGCAUCACUUCGACGAUCUAUACGAUCUACUCGAUGCUGAUGAGCGCCUUUCCAGAGAGGUGUACACCUUCCUGAGUCUUUUCUCUGCGCAGACCGAGCUGGUUCGGAUAUUGAGAUCGAAAGACAAAUCUCCCACGGAACUUCUCCCACCAGGCAAGCCUUUCAAGCUCUUGUACUGUGCCAAAGCCUUGAGGUCUUGUAUAGAGGAUGAAUCUUUCAGCUCGAAUCCAGAUAUGGAGUUUCUGACCUACAGCAUCCAGACCAUCGUACAGGUCCUGCCCAAGUUGGACCUGAGCAACGCUGCCGAUCAACUACAGAUGUCCAUCGCGUACGGCUUAGUGGAAGCACUACUUUUGGCAUUUCGAGCAAAGGUUCCGGUGGAAACAUCACGCGAAUACAUACAGGACCACCAAGAAUUCUCGAUCCAAGCUUCGAGAUUGCUUCGCUUCGCGUUGGCUAGUCAAAACACCAAUCUGGAUGAGAUCUCGGCGUCGGCUAUGGUGAAGCUAGUCCUGGAAACUUUCGUUGAGGCGUGCCUCCACGAUGAUCGAAUCUGGGCGCCUGUGGACACCGAGGCUGGUUUCAAAGACUUGAUUGUCACUGCUUUUGUUCAGGAUCCUCGAGUGGAAGUUCGACAUUCACUUCUCGAAGUUGUGGUCGGGCUGACUGGGGCUAUCGGCACAAAAUUGCACCUGAAAAUCAAUAAUCCGAGAGCGCCACGAUCUCGCUUCCCAGCCGCCACCAUCGAAGUCUGCCUGUCUCAUCUAUGGACAGCGCUGUCAGAGAUUCUUCCUCGCGCUUGCCUACAUCCUGAGAGGUGUACCGAAGCUUCGGAGACAAUGCUUGCUGUUCUGAGGCGUAUAGGCAAGUCUUUUUCUGCCGAACGCCUUCUUGGAUACUUCAAUCAAUGGAGCUCUAUCCUUCUGGAACACGACCAUGUGGAAGUUGUCGGACAGCCAUUAACAGAUCAUGUGGUUCUAUGCCUGACGAAACUUUUGCUCGAGACCUGCAGAUUUCUAAAAGCAGCAAAUGCGCUCCCUUCUGGCACUCAUAUCAUCGACAGGAUAAUCUCGCAGUUCCUCUUUCCACCUAUAUCGGACGAUGGAGACAGUCCAAGACUGCCUGUUUUGGACAGUACGGUCCGAGAGAGUCUCUACAGUCUCAUCCUAGUUCUAUGUCAAGGACCUCGUGAUCUAGCGACACUUGUCAGCGAACUCGAAGACGACUUGCUUCCGGAAAACUUCUUCGAACCAUUCUACAGUCACGAGCGCCAGAGUCUCCGCACAGAUGUUGGCUAUGCAGGCUUGAAGAAUCUCUCAAACACUUGCUAUCUCAAUUCGUUGUUCUCGCAACUCUUCAUGAACGUACAAUUUCGAGAGUUCUUUCUGAAUAUGAUCGGCGCAGACGGGUCAAAGCAGAAACUGGUCACGGAGCUUGCAAAGGUCUUUGCAAAUAUGCAAAAUUCCUAUGAAAAGUCCAUUGAUCCGUCGUUCGCGGUCGAAGCCAUCACAACAUACGAGGGAGAGCAAAUUGACGUAUCCGUGCAGAUGGACGUCGAUGAGUUUUUCAACCUUCUCUUCGAUCGAAUCGAAGGACAAAUUGAUCCUUCCGCCAGGGGCACAUUCAAGUCCAUGUAUGGCGGCCAAUUGGUGCAGCAAGUGAAAUCCAAAGAGUGUGAGCAUAUCUCUGAGAGACUAGAGCCAUUCUCCGCCGUCCAGGUGGAGAUCAAAGGUAAAGCGCGGCUGGAAGAUAGCCUUCGCGCUUACGUCGAAGGUGAAGUUCUUCAAGGCGAGAACAAAUACUCGUGCACCUCUUGUGGCCGUCACGUUGACGCAGUCAAACGUGCAUGUCUGAAAGACGUACCUGACAACCUUAUCUUCAACCUCAAGCGGUUCGACUACGACAUUAUGACGGGGAUGAGGACGAAAGUCAAUGACGAGUUUCAGUUCCCCGACACGCUUGAUAUGGCGCCUUAUACUUUGGCAAGACUUAGUGACGAACAGCAGUCGGGAGAACCGGACUACUUCCAGCUCACAGGGGUCAUCGUUCAUUCAGGCACGGCGGACUCUGGACACUAUUACUCGUUCAUCCGCCAACGACCAACCAUCAAGGGUGUACAUCAGGCUUGGGUCCAGUUCAACGAUCAAGAUGUCGGCCUGUUCGAUCCCAACCAGAUGCGUGAUAAUUGCUUCGGAGGCAUAUCCGAGGCUGGAUUCUACCACCUACCAAAAUUCUACAGCGCAUACAUGUUGUUCUAUCAGAGAACCUCCAGCAUUGAGAAAAUCGAGGGGCAGUAUAGACUACACGAUGCCAUCAAUCCUGUGCGCGUCCCUUUAACACCUGGGAUGGAGCAGCACAUAGCGAAACAGAACGAACUCUACUUGCGCUCUUAUUGCGCCCAAGACCCUGCACAUGCUCAAUUUGUGCUCCGUCUGCUUGAACACAUGAGGCGCGGGGUCGAGAAAUGCAGCGAGGAUCACACCCUCGAGUCCAAGACGAUCAAUAUGGUGUUGGAGUACGUGCACACCAUAUCUUCUCGCUUCAAAGAGCUACCCUCAGUGGAGGAGACUGUCAAUGUCCUCCUUGGCUACGUGGCUCAAUGCUCCGAGUGCGCUAGAACCGUUGCUAAUUGGUUCCGCACCAAUCGAGUGCUCGAAGAUGUCGUCGUUCGAAGUCCCUUACAGGUCGUACGAAAGAAUUUUGCCAACCUUUUCAUCAGCGUCUUCGCGCGCCUACAUGAGCUCCUUACGGAACUAGACCCCAACGAUGACGAGCAUCAGAGGCUUUCGACAGAGUACAGCAGUUGGCUCAAGAGUUGUCUCAGCCAAAUGUCUAAGCUAUGGGACGUGGUGACUAAGAAUGGCCGGCCGUGGACUGACUAUUUCAACAUCCUCUAUCACAUUCACAGGCUGGGUGACCAAGAGACCAUCUGGAUUCUUGAAGAGGACUUCCUGGAAAAGUUGAUUGACAUGAUUAUGAUGCAUGUUGCCGGUUCCGACUUCCCUCUGUCGCGGAGGUUGAAGGCGCGAUACAUCCUGUAUCUAAAUGCGCGGGAGAGAAACCGACAGUUCCCAUACCAAGUGCUGAUCAGGGUCCUCGCGAGUCUGCUGCAGAGAAUCGAUCUCCACCUGCCGGCAGACGAGGGAUACCGGACGUUCGACAAGAAGAUUGGCCUGACCACAGCUGAGUCGCAGGCUCUCGGGCUGAAUAAGAUUCCGCCCGACCUUGAAUGGCUUCGGCGGCUGAUCAUAGGCCGACACAACCAGACCGCACAGGAUGUCAUCGUCUCGAUCUUCGCCUCGGACAAACGACUCUCCCACUAUCUCGCCAAUCUAUUGACUCACGGGUUGAAUGAUCGCAGUGUCAAUAUCGCCAGCUGCUUCACUCGACCGACGCUGGUGUUCUGCGAGUUCUGUCCGACCGAGAGCAAAGUCUUCGAACUGGCCCAAUCCGCGUUGGAGAGUAUCGCGACCGUGGGCAUCGAGUAUGGCAAGGAGUACUACGAGUUCGUGGAGGUUCUUCUUAAGAUCGACAACGUCUCCUGCAACUUGGCGUCAUCCUUCCUCGAAGAACUGAUGUUACAGACUGUUUCGCAAUGGGCACCGACACUACUGCUGGCCCCGACCGAAGGACAAUUCAACACGCGCGCACAUACGGUGGACCUGCUGAAGAGGCUUCUGUUUACGCCUUUACAAGAGCUUGCUGGCGACCUCACCCUGUAUCGGACGCUUGUCGCGGCGGCGCAAGAGUUGACAACUAGCUGUUCCAACCUCGUGCAACAGAACUUUUUGAAUCCACGCAGCCGAGACGGUAACAAUCUGCAACCUGGUCAAGUGAAUCAAGUGAUGGACGUGGUGGAGCAUUGUCUACGGUAUUUCGACCUGGAAAAUGCAGCGGACGAGGAAAAGGUUGCCCUUGCGCAGGCUACGAUGGCUCAACUGAGGGCCAAGGCUGACUCGGCUGUUGAGACGCUGAGCUCGGCGGACUGGCAGGACAAUAGCAGUGAGCUGGCCGAGAUGAGCGGAGAUGAAUACGAGGACCCGCUUAGUUCGUGA